GACACCUGCUGCCGUUGCAAAGCCAGCGGCCGAGCCCAAGGUCAACGUCUUGGUAGAUCAGCCAGCCACGGUGACGGGUAGGACGGGCGGGGUGUACAUCCCGCCUUUCAAGCUCGCGCAGAUGCAGAAGGAGGCCGAGACGAUGGGCAAGGCGACCAAGGAGUACCAGAGGAUCGCCUGGGAGGCGUUGCGCAAGAGCAUCAACGGUCUCAUCAACAAGGCGAGUAAACACGACCAACAUCAAGAUGAUCGCGCCUGAGCUCUUCCAGCUCAACCUCGUGCGCGGUCGGGGGCUCUUCGCUCGCGCGGUCAUGAAGGCACAGCUAGCGUCGCCGGGCUUCACCCCCGUCUUCGCGGCGCUGGUGGCGGUGGUCAACACCAAGCUUCCCGAGAACGGGGAGCUGAUCCUCAAGAGGGUCAUCGUGGCGUUCCGCCGCGCGUACAAGCGCAGGGACAAGGUGGUGGCCACUGCCUUGGCCAAGUUCAUCGCGCACAUGGUGAACCAGCAGGUCGCGCACGAACUGCUUGCUCUUCAGCUGCUGACGGUGCUCCUCGAAGAGCCGACGGACGACUCAGUCGAGAUCGCCGUCAACUUCACGAAAGAGAUUGGACAGGUGCUGCAGGAGCUCUCGCCGCAGGGCCUCCACGCGGUGUUCGAGCGGUUUCGCGGCAUUCUCCACGAGGGUCAGAUCGACAAGCGGGUUCAGUACACCAUCGAGACCUUGUUCGCGAUCCGCAAGAGCGGGUUCUCGGACCACCCUGCGGUGCCCCCCGAGCUGGACCUGGUGGAGCGGGACGACCAGAUCACGUUCGAGAUUGGGCUCGAGGACAAGCUGGAGAAAGAGGAGAUGCUCGACAUCUUCCGCAUGGAUGAGAAGUACGAAGAGAACGAGGACAUGUGGGCGAAGAUCAAGGGGGAAAUAUUGGGCGAGUCUGACUCUGAUGACUCUGAUGACGACGACGAUGAUGGGGACGAGGACAGCGACGAUGACGAUGCUCCCGCCGCCGCCUCGGGACAGGCUCAGCCGCAGAUGACUCAGCAGAUCCAGGAUUUGACGGAGCAGGACCUGGUCAACCUUCGCCGAACGAUAUACCUGACCAUCAUGUCGAGCGCAGGAUUCGAGGAAUGCGCUCACAAGCUCACCAAGCUUGAUAUUCAGGAGGGCUACGAGAUGGAACUGUGCAACAUGAUGAUCGAGUGCUGCAGCCAGGAGCGGACCUGGCGCUCGUUCUACGGCCUGAUAGGGCAGCGGUUUUGCAUGAUGCACCGCCGCUGGCAGGCCGCCUUCACCGAGUGCUUCGAGACCAACUACAACACCAUCCACCGGCUGGAGACCAACAAGCUGCGCAACGUGGCCAAGUUUUUCGCCCACCUGCUGUACACGGAUGCCCUGCCGUGGACGUGUCUGGAGUCCAUCCGCCUCAGCGAGGACGCCACGACGUCUUCUAGCCGAAUCUUCAUCAAGAUCCUAGUGCUGGAGCUUUCCGAAAACAUGGGGCUGAAGAACCUCCGCGAGCGCUUCAACGACCCUUACAUGGCGGAGGUGUUCCAGGGGAUGUUCCCGACCGACAACCCCCGCAACACCCGCUUCGCCAUCAACUUCUUCACGGCUAUCGGGCUUGGUGGACUGACGGAUGGCCUGCGCCUGCACCUGAAGAACGCACCGAAGAUGAUCAUGGAAGCGCAGCUGGCGGCGGCCGAGGCGGACGACGGGUCGUCGUCCUCCUCCUCCUCCUCUUCCUCUUCGUCCUCGUCUUCCUCUUCCUCCUCCUCCUCCUCCUCCUCCUCUUCGUCGAGUUCGUCGUCUUCGAGUGGAUCGUCCUCUAGUAGCGGGUCGAGCAGCGACAGCUCGAGCGACUCGGAUUCGGACUAG